AUGUCUGUAUCGUCAUCACCAUCACGAACGAAAGUCGCCUUGACAGUGCUGUUCCAUUCGAGUUGCGCAGUUUCUGUGACCUUGAUCUCAAAACAUGCCCUCAAUGGCAUCGAGGCACCUGUUAGCUUGCUUGCAUUGCAAACCUUCAUUCAAGUGUUGCUCUUGACGGCUGUUGGCAAGCCGCUGGGAUGGAUCAAGUUCAGUCGACCUGUAUCUGUCUGGAAAGGAUUGAUUCCUCUCAUGCUCGCACGCCUCGUCGGAAUCCUUGCAAAGACAUUUUGUCUGGCCAGCGUCGACGCAUCUCUAUACCAAAUCGCAAGAGGACUACUUCUACCAUUCACCCUCCUCCUAUCACACUUCUUCCUCCACCCACCGCCGUAUAAUCCCCCUCUUUCUCUCUUCGGAUGCGGUAUGAUCAUGAUGGGCUUCGCCACUGGCAUGAUCACAGACUUGGGCGCCAUGCUCACGAGCAUCAAGGGCCUACUGCUAGGUGUCGGAUCAAGCUUCACAACCGCAGUUGAGAGUGUUGUCGUCAAGCGCUUCCUCACAAAAGGAGACGAGGGGAUGUGGCAGAUGGUAUGGAUGACAAACUGUAUGGCUCUGGCCUGCUACCUUCCUCUGUUCAUCAUCUCUGGCGAGUACACUGUCUUCUCCAGCCUGUAUGACAGCGCCAUGGACGUGGAUGUCGCAAACGCUGCCGCUGCUGUCGAUGCCAGUGGCCAGCUACACGCAUUCCUGUACACCGCUGCUGCGACCGGAGGUGCCAGUUUCCUCCUGACCCUUGCAACAUUCCUCCAAAUCUCGGUCACCAGUCCUACCACACACAUGAUUGUUACCGCCGCCAGAGGUGUUGCUCAGAGUGGGCUUGCUGUAUUGAUUCUUCGCGAGACCGUCACCAUGGGCAGAGUCUGGGCCAUGGUCUGUAUCUUGGGUGGCAGUGCUGUAUAUGCCUGGGGCAAAGACAGAGUCAAGCAACGCACAGAGAAGGUCGAUAAUAGAGGCGUAUACGAAAAACUGGGCGAGAUGGAAGCUAGAGAGUCAGAAGAAGAUGUUGAGCUGCGGAAAGUUUAG